CGGGAACUCUCGACCAAUCGCGAUGUGGGAGAGGUGUAUCUUUCGCUAUUUAUCCUACUGUCGGGCAGCAGGCGCGUGUGCCUCGCAGACCGUCUCUCCGCCGCCGAGCAGCAGACAGUCUUCAAGGAUUCCCCCUCAACAUGUCGAAGGAGGCCCCACGCGAGCCGGAGCAGCUCCGCAAGCUGUUCAUUGGAGGGUUGAGCUUUGAGACCACGGACGAGAGCUUGCGAGCCCAUUUUGAACAAUGGGGGACCCUCACUGAUUGUGUGGUCAUGAGGGAUCCAUCCAAUAAAAGAUCCAGGGGCUUUGGUUUUGUCACCUAUUCCUCUGUGCAAGAAGUCGAUGCUGCCAUGAAUGCCCGUCCCCACAAGGUUGAUGGAAGACUGGUAGAGCCUAAGAGAGCAGUUUCCAGAGAGGACUCCAACCGACCAGGAGCCCACGUGACUGUGAAAAAGAUCUUUGUCGGAGGCAUCAAAGAAGAUACAGAGGAGUCACACCUGCGAGACUACUUCCAACAGUUUGGCAAAAUCGAGGUCAUUGAUAUCAUGACUGACCGUAGCAGCGGGAAGAAGAGGGGUUUUGCUUUUGUGACCUUCGAUGAUCAUGAUUCAGUGGACAGGAUUGUCAUCCAGAAAUACCACACUGUCAACGGCCACAACUGUGAGGUGAGGAAGGCCCUCUCAAGACAGGAAAUGCAGAACUCAGGAAUUGGAAUGAGAGGCCCCCGUGGCGGCUUCAACAACUAUGGCCGGGGUGGAGGAUAUGGAGGAAAUGAUUUUGGCCGUGACGGAUAUGGUGGUGGUGGCCGCGAUGCUGUCAUUUCAGGAGGCAGAGGCGGCGGCGGUGGAGGAGGAUAUGGAGGCGGAGAUGGUUUCAACAAUGGCUAUAAUGAUGGUGGCUAUGGUGGUGGUCCCAAUUAUGGCAGUGGAAACCGUAGCUUUGGCCCAGGAUACAACAGCCAAGGCUUUGGGGGUGGCGGCUACGAUAACUUCAACAACGGUGGCGGCGGCGGUGGUGGCGGCGGUGGUAACUUCAACAAUGACUACAACGGCUUUGGCAACUACAACAAUCAGCAGUCAACCCAGUGUGGCCCAAUGAAGGGAGGAGGAGUUGGCUAUAACAGCAGGAACAAUGGCCCAUAUGGUGGCUAUGGAGGUGGCUCAAACUAUGGAAGCUCUGGAUAUGGACGGCGAUAAGUUGGAAGCGGACUGAGUACUUAGGAGAGGAGAGCAAGGAGAGGAGAGCAAGCGAAGUGACAGGGCAGCUGCAGGUUUACCUCCUAGAUCUGCUCAGCCAAACAGUUGUGGCAGGUUACAGCUGCUACAAGAAGAAAUGUACAAUAGAAUCAUGGAGGGUCUUCAUUUAAAAGUUUUUGUGUUGUCACCCAGAAUUAUUUUAUAUUUUUGUUUCUGAAAAGGAAGCAUUCCAAUGAGGUUUUAUGUAGAUUUUUUUCUUUUUAAGUCUGGUUUUAUUUGUGUAACUGUAACCAAUCAAGUUGAAAUAAACCACCUUUCAGUUUUUUAUAAAACUG